AUGGCCACAAACGGUGUAGAUAGCAGUGGUGAAUCCAAUGCUGAUAGGAAUGUUGAAAUCUGGAAGAUCAAGAAACUUAUCAAAAGCUUAGAAGCAGCGAGAGGGAACGGCACCAGCAUGAUUUCCCUGAUCAUUCCACCAAGAGACCAGAUUGCAAGAGUCAACAAGAUGUUGGCUGAUGAGUUUGGAACUGCUUCCAAUAUUAAAAGUCGAGUCAAUAGGUUGUCUGUUCUUGGUGCUAUUACAUCUGUACAACAGAGGCUGAAAUUGUAUAACAAAGUUCCUCCCAAUGGGCUUGUCAUUUACUGUGGGACAAUCAUUACAGAAGAAGGCAAAGAAAAGAAAGUCAACAUUGAUUUUGAACCAUUCCGCCCCAUCAAUACCUCUUUGUAUUUAUGUGAUAAUAAAUUUCACACAGAGGCAUUAACGGCUCUCUUGGCAGAUGACAACAAAUUUGGGUUUAUCAUAAUGGAUGGUAAUGGUGCUCUGUUUGGUACCUUGUCUGGGAACACCCGAGAAGUCUUACAUAAAUUUACUGUUGAUUUGCCCAAAAAGCAUGGUAGAGGAGGGCAGUCUGCUUUGCGUUUUGCUCGUCUGAGGAUGGAGAAGCGACACAACUAUGUCAGGAAGGUUGCUGAAGUUGCUGUGCAGUUGUUCAUCACUAGUGAUAAACCCAACAUUGCAGGCUUAGUCUUGGCUGGAUCUGCUGAUUUCAAAACCGAACUUAGCCAGUCAGAUAUGUUUGACCCGCGUCUUCAAGCAAAGAUUAUCAAAAUUGUGGAUGUGUCCUAUGGUGGUGAGAAUGGCUUCAAUCAAGGGAUAGAACUUGCAGCAGAUUCUCUAGCAAAUGUCAAAUUCAUCCAGGAAAAGAAAUUAAUAGGCCGCUAUUUUGAUGAAAUCUCACAAGAUACUGGCAAAUAUUGUUUUGGUGUUGAAGACACACUCAAAGCCUUAGAGAUGGGUUCUGUGGACAUUCUCAUUGUGUGGGAGAAUUUGGACAUCCAGAGAUUUCUUUUGAAAAAUCAUGCAACAGAAGAUGAAAAAAUAUUGCACUUGAGGCCAGAUCAGGAAAAGGACAAAACAUACUUCACAGAUAAAGAGACUGGAGUGGAGCUUGAGUUAAUAGAGCAGAUGCCGUUGCUGGAAUGGUUUGCAAACAACUAUAAAAACUUUGGCGCUACUCUUGAGAUCAUCACAGACAGAUCGCAGGAAGGUGCCCAGUUUGUCAGAGGUUUCGGUGGGAUAGGAGGUAUAGUUCAAGACUUGUUUCUGCAUUAUUUAAUCCUUCGUUAA